AACACAGGCUGAACCGCCUUUCAGUUUAGUGCCCUGAGAGUUGUCAAGGGUUUUGGUUGUGGAGUAUCCGAGAGGGGAGCAAGGGCGGCUACGGUUAUACAAUGCCGAAUAAAACGAAAAAAGACAAGGAGUCAUCUAAGUCUGGUAAAGUGGGAAAGAGUGGAGGACAAGAGAAUUCAGAGCACGAGAGCUCUAACAGGAAGGCUAGCAAUAAUGUUCCUCCCACCACUCAGCUGCUAAAGGGGAAGCAGCCAGGUUCCCAGACACCUGUCAAAAAGGACAAGAGGCAAAGCUCCUCCCGUUUCAGCUUGAGCAACAACAGGGAGCUGCAGAAACUGCCUGCAUUCAAAGACGUCCCCCCUGCAGAGCAGGAGAAGCUGUUCAUUCAGAAGUUGCGGCAGUGUUGCGUCCUCUUUGAUUUUGUCUCCGACCCACUGAGUGACCUGAAAUGGAAGGAGGUGAAACGGGCGGCAAUAAGCGAGAUGGUGGAGUACAUCACCCACAACAGGAAUGUCAUCACCGAACCCAUCUACCCAGAGGUGGUUCACAUGUUUUCUGUGAAUAUGUUCAGGACAUUACCGCCAUCAUCCAACCCCACGGGUGCUGAGUUUGACCCAGAGGAAGAUGAGCCCACGCUAGAGGCUGCAUGGCCACAUCUACAGCUUGUCUAUGAAUUCCUCCUACGGUUCUUAGAGUCACCUGACUUUCAACCAAACAUAGCCAAAAAGUAUAUUGACCAGAAGUUUGUAAUGCAGCUCUUAGACCUGUUUGACAGUGAAGACCCCAGGGAAAGAGAUUUUUUAAAGACCACUCUUCAUCGCAUCUAUGGCAAGUUCCUGGGCCUGCGAGCGUACAUUAGGAAACACAUUAAUAAUAUAUUUUAUAGGUUCAUUUAUGAGACUGAACAUCAUAAUGGAAUAGCAGAAUUACUGGAAAUAUUAGGGAGCAUAAUCAAUGGCUUUGCAUUACCAUUGAAAGAAGAGCACAAAAUAUUCCUGCUGAAAGUUCUGCUGCCUUUACACAAAGUCAAGUCUCUUAGUGUAUAUCACCCACAGCUGGCCUACUGUGUGGUACAGUUCUUAGAGAAGGAUAGCACCCUCACAGAACCGACGGUAAUGGCUUUGUUAAAGUAUUGGCCAAAGACCCACAGUCCAAAAGAGGUGAUGUUCCUGAAUGAACUGGAGGAGAUCCUGGACGUCAUUGAGCCUUCCGAGUUUGUCAAAGUCAUGGAGCCCCUCUUCAGACAGUUGGCCAAGUGUGUGUCCAGCCCACACUUUCAGGUGGCAGAACGAGCUCUGUACUACUGGAACAAUGAGUACAUCAUGAGCCUAAUCAGUGACAACGCCGCCAAGAUCCUUCCCAUCAUGUUCCCAUCCCUGUACCGCAACUCCAAGACCCACUGGAACAAGACGAUCCAUGGGUUGAUCUACAAUGCUCUGAAACUCUUCAUGGAGAUGAACCAGAAGCUGUUUGAUGACUGCACCCAGCAGUUCAGGGCAGAGAAAAGCAAAGAGAAAGCCAAAUGGAAAGAGAGAGAAGAUGCGUGGCUGAAGAUUGAGAAUCUUGCAAAGUCAAACCCACAGUUUCUGAUAUACGUUGACUCGAUAGGCUCAGGUAGUCCGAUGGACAUGGAGACAGACGGGCCGCUGCUAGACGACGUCAACAUGCUAAAGAAAGCUAUGACGGAGGAAGCCACGCAGGUCCUAAAAGAUCAGCGUAGAGAGCGUCCAUUGAUGAGGAGGAAAUCCGAACUCCCCAGGGACAUCUGCACUGUCACAGCCUUGGAGUUGCAUCGGAGAGCCGAGGAAAUGUUGACAACGCACGACGGCCACUAGGAGACCACCCGAGAGCCAUCCUAAACCAGCAGCAGCAGCAGCAUCCACAGGGGAACCACAGGCCCCCAGAGGCCAGCACAACAGCACAACAGCACAACUCUGGGAUCUCAGCCCAGCACAGCCCAGCACAAAACUGAACAGUCCCAGCUCCACCGGACGCAGGGAAUGUCUAAAGCUGCACGUCUAAGCCUUGUACGGCUUGUCUGGCCCCCACCCACCUUCCGCUUUUAUCCACUUGGUUUUUGUCCUGGUUGCUGGACGACAGAAGCGACAGGACCAUGAAAUGCACCAUGGCCCCGAACUUCACCCAAGAUAUUGUAGUGACGUUAUCUCUUUUCCCUCCCUCGUUUUUCUCCUGUCCUCUCAACUCGUUGUUUUUUUCAGGGUGCUGUGCUGCCCCCUUCUGGUCAUUUCUCUCAGGUGUUCUGUUCUGUGUGUGAGCCGUCUUCUCUUCUUGCCUCUUCUUUAUAGAUGUCAGGUGCUUGUACGAAUAUUAGCCUUUCAGUUUGAUUUUUUUAAAACAAAAAAAAACCCAUCCGUUUAUGAGAAAAUGUCAGUUGUUUCUAUAUAUUUAAUAUUGGCUAUUCUCAACAUUUAAACUAGACAGCUGUUUAUAUUUUAUUUUUUCCUACAUAGUAUAUUAGGAGCUCUUCUCAGAGUAAAACACACUUCCUAUCUAUAUAACUGCUCUGUUUGGAGCCUGCUCUUUUCUUUUUCAUUAGCUGUGAUGAUUCAUUGAUUGUUCUGGGGUCAUCUGUGACUACCAGUAGAAUGUUCAGGAUUCAAAGCUACAACACAACAACAGGGCUGGCCGGACAGGGGUCUAGGUGCCAACGUCUCUUUAAUUUAGUUCCUUUAUUUUAAUUGUGUCGGCAAUAAGUUAACAUAAGUUUGCAGUGUGUGUGUCGGUGGCUCAGAUAGUUGUUCGUCACAUGGCUAGAUCCAUUUGGUCCUUGGGAUGUGUGGGACGAGAGGGGAUUGUUGGAUUUAUUUUUGGUUGCCUGUUCACGUCCAGCCAUGAUCGGAGUGUGUUCAACACGGUCAUUAGCAUUCAGAACAAGUCGCUGUCAUUCAUGUGAGGCUUACGAGAGGUCAGAGAGAUGUAGUUGCUCGCCUGGGAUUUACACAACGCUGCUGUGUGCUGAGAGAAGUCAAGCGGGGGCAGAAACUGUGCUGAUAGUGAUCGCUUUUCCUACUCUUCUCAAGCAAGACCCUUUUUAUUUAUAAAACACGUGUUGGACUGCUCCAUAGGUGAGGUAUGUUUGGUUUGACGAGGUCAGACAUAUGCCUUUCUUUUCACAGUGCCUUUUAUAGUCUAAAGGGAUAUUUGCUCAACCGAGAAUUGUGUAGUAGCAUGAACUUAAAAAGCCAGAUCUUUUAAAAACAAUAGUAACCUUAGUUUCCAAAAACAAUAACAACAACAACCCUGAUGCGUUCAAGUCCGAACUUGGCACGCCUCCAGCCGCUUUGAUUCAAGCACUGGUCUUGUUCAAGCUACAAAGUCGAUUUUGUAAUUAAAAGCUAAAGAGGAGAAGCAGAGCGGUCGCCCCAAGCCAUUUCAGUGAUGAAGCACUUCCUGAGAAAACUUGAAAGAAAAUAGAAACACAACUGAAAAAAGACAAAACUAUUAAAAUAUUGAAAUCCGUGAUGCUGUCUGUCUUGCUGUGUGUGGUGGAUAAGAGCUAGCCUCCACAGCAAAGGAAAUCUCCUCCAAUUGUGACUUUUCCUUUUUACGCCCCCACUGUCCCACUCCGCUUCUGAUUGGUGCCAUUGUUUGACCCCCUGCUGUCCAGACCUGCACACUGACUGUAACCCCCCCUCCCUCCUUUCAGUAAAAACGCACUACCCCGUAGGGCUCGUUAUUUGGACACCUGAUGUUUGAUCUGCUUCUGGAUGCUUGCAAGUUUCUUUUUUGUUGUGGUUUUAUUCUUCCUUCGCCUGCAGAACCUCUUGUCAGUGUUUCAACUGAAUGUGCAAAUUGUAAAUAAUACUGCAGUCAUGUUUUUUUUUUCUUUCUCUCCAUAUUUGUCUUGAAGAACAACAUUCACCAAAGGCUUUUACCAUACCCCCCCCACCCCCCUCGCCCUGGGUAUUACAGUGGAUUUGAUCAAAGUGAUUCCAUCCCUUCAGUAAUCUGCAUCCUCUGCUUGUUGGUUGCCAUGCAGGCGUGUCCAUUGGUGACUGUUGUUCUUCUUAAAAUGGCUUUAAAAUCGGCUUCUUUGGAGCUCUUCAUUUUACAUAAGCUUUGUUUUAAUUUUUUUUUUUUUAAAGAAUGAAGUGUCCUUUAGUAAAUGUCUCAUACUAAAUGGCUUCAUUUGAUAUUGUGUACAUAAUGUACUUUUAUUUGAUGUAAUAUUGAAUGGUAGAUUUCA